AGAUAAUAGGGGAAAGGGAGGGAAAAGCCUCUCGCAGUCUCACGCUUGUGCACAGUUCACUGAUGGCAGCUGGUGCUGCAAUGGAGGACGAAGACUACGGCAGGGCGGAGCAGUGGCGGCUGUACGAGGCGUACAACGAGCUGCACGGGCUGGCUCAGGAGUUCGAGACGCCGUUCGACGCGCCGGCGGUGCUGGUGGUGGGCCACCAGACCGACGGCAAGAGCGCCCUCGUGGAGGCCCUCAUGGGCUUCCAGUUCAACCACGUCGGGGGCGGGACCAAGACCCGCCGGCCCAUCACCCUCCACAUGAAGUACGACCCCAAUUGCGAGCUCCCCCUCUGCUCCCUCCUCUCCGAGUCCGACCCCUCCUCCCUUGCGCGUCUCAUGUCCCUUCAGGAAAUUCAGGCGUACAUUGAAGCUGAGAAUAUGAGGUUGGAGCGUGAGCCUUGUCAGUUCUCAGCUAAGGAAAUCAUCGUCAAAGUGGAGUACAAGUACUGCCCCAACUUGACGAUAAUCGACACUCCGGGGCUCAUUGCUCCGGCUCCUGGUCGAAAAAAUCGAGCCUUGCAGAGCCAAGCUCGUGCUGUUGAAUCUCUGGUUCGGGCUAAAAUGCAGCACAAAGAGUUCAUCAUUCUGUGCCUCGAAGACUGCAGUGACUGGAGCAAUGCUACCACGAGAAGGGUGGUAAUGCAAAUUGAUCCCGAGCUUUCAAGGACUGUUGUUGUUUCAACUAAGCUAGAUACAAAAAUACCCCAGUUUGCAAGGUCAUCAGAUGUUGAAGUUUUUCUCUCGCCACCGGCCUGUACUCUUGACGGCUUCAUAUUGGGUGACUCUCCCUUCUUCACCUCUGUUCCUUCAGGGAGAGUUGGUCCUGGACAUGAAUCAGUCUACCAGUCCAACGAUGAGUUUAAAAAGGCUAUAUCAUUGAGAGAGAUGGAAGAUAUAGCCUCUCUGGAGGAGAAAUUGGGGCGUAAACUCACCAAACAAGAAAGAAGUCGUAUAGGGGUGAGCAAGUUAAGAUUAUUUUUGGAAGAGUUGCUUCAGAAGAGGUACAUGGACAAUGUUCCGUUGAUAAUUCCACUACUUGAAAAGGAGCAUCGUUCUGCGACAAGAAAGUUGAAUGAAAUCAAUCAGGAACUCAGUACUCUGGAUGAGGCGAAGUUGAAAGAGAAAGGAAGAACCUUUGAUGAUCUGUUCUUGACCAAGUUAUCGCUUCUGCUUAAAGGAACAGUUGUUGCUCCUCCAGAUAAAUUUGGUGAAACUCUACAAGAGGAGAGAACUAAUGGUGGAGCAUUUGUUGGUAUUGAUGGUCUGCAGUUUCCCCAAAAGUUAAUCCCUAAUGCUGGGAUGCGUCUCUAUGGGGGAGCACAGUAUCAUCGGGCAAUGGCUGAAUUUCGUUUUGUCGUUGGAGGGAUGAAAUGCCCACCAAUUAGUCGAGAAGAAAUUGUCAAUGCUUGCGGAGUUGAAGACAUUCAUGAUGGUACCAAUUACUCAAGAACUGCUUGUGUAAUUGCUGUUGCAAAGGCUCGUGAUACAUUUGAACCAUUUCUUCACCAGUUAGGUUCCAGGCUGUUAUACAUUCUGAAGAGGCUCCUUCCAAUCUCAGUCUAUCUGCUGCAGAAAGAUGGUGAAUACUUAAGUGGUCACGAGGUAUUCCUCAGGCGUGUUGCUUCGGCUUACAACAAUUUUGCAGAAUCUACUGAAAGAGCUUGUCGAGAAAAAUGUAUGGAAGACCUAGUCAGUACUACCCGUUACGUGACCUGGUCUCUCCACAAUAAGAAUCGGGCUGGGCUGAGGCAAUUCUUGGACUCGUUUGGUGGAACAGAACAAUCUCCUGGGAGUGGUCCUCUGGAGUCCACAACAGUAGGGUCAGUUCCUAAUGAGAAGCCAGAAGUGAAGCCCAGGGGAGAUGUCAAACUUAGCCAUUUGGCUUCAAGCAAUGACUCGAAUACCUUUAUUCAUACGACAGAAACAAGGCUUGCUGACCUUCUAGAUAAUACCCUUUGGAAUCGGAGGCUUGCCCCUUCUUCAGAAAGAAUCGUGUAUGCCCUGGUGCAACAGAUAUUUCAUGGCAUAAGGGAGUAUUUCUUGACUUCUGCGGAGUUGAAGUUCAACUGCUUUCUGCUAAUGCCUGUAAUAGACAAGCUUCCAACGCUACUUCGAGAAGACCUAGAGUCUGCAUUUGAAGAUGACUUGGACACUGUCUUCGAUAUCACUAACCUGCGGCAUUCAUUGGGGCAGAAAAAACGUGAUACAGAAGUCGAGCUGAAGCGGAUUAAGAGGCUGAAAGAGAAAUUCAGACAGGUACACAAUCAGCUUUGUCUGAAACCAAUGAUUCCGAGCUCUGCCUAAGCCACACCACAUGGAAAGAACGCUAUCUUAUGGACCAGAUAAGCCUAUGUACUCUGACCAGAUAAGUCUAUGUACUGUAUAUCAUGUGUACCUUUCCAUUGUCCUUUGUAGGUUGAUACAUCAUCCUGAGAUAAUGAAAUCACUCGUGGAGCACGAUCAGGGCCCCUGUUUUUGGCUUCAUUUUUUGUUGCUUGUCCUGUUGCUCGUCUGUUUUUGUCUUUUUGUUUGGCAGCCGUUGCAUGUUGGGAGUCUCGAUGUAGAAAGAUUGAAACCGAAGCAUCAUGCUUCACUACUAGGUAUUACGCUUUUAUGAAUGACAGUAUCUAUAGUGAUGCCUGCUAAUGACAUCGUUUACAGGGA